CCUGGCCUAGUGUUUCCGGGUCGCCGCUGGUCUCGGGGUACUGGCUUCGGUCCCUUGCAGCCGGCCGGAGCGGCGAGAGCCCAGCGGGGCCCGGCUCCGGCGGCGGUCGCGGCUCCUUCUGGAUACCCUCGGCCGGGGCGUCCUUGGCGGCAGUGCCGGCGCAUGCCCCUAGUCCAGGUGGGCAGCAUGUCAGUGCUUUUAGCGAUGUCACUGCCUCGAACCCAGAAGCCAUGGAGGAGAUAAGGUAGCCCCCCCCCCCCCCCGUCCCUGGAUCGGAUGGGGAAGCCCAGUUCAAUGGAUACAAAAUACAAGGAUGAUUUAUUUCGGAAGUACGUGCAGUUCCACGAGGGCAAAGUGGAUGCCACCCCCAGCAAGCAGCGGCCUGGCAACGAUGAGUACCUGCGGGUCGCAGCCUCGACCCUGCUCAGCCUGCACAAGGUGGAUCCCUUUUAUCGAUUCCGGCUGAUCCAGUUCUAUGAGGUGGUGGAGAGCUCCCUGCGCUCGCUGAGCUCCUCCAGCCUGCGGGCUUUGGCCUGCGCCUUCAGUGUGCUGGAAACGGUCGGUGUCAACCUCUUCCUCUACCCGUGGAAGAAGGAAUUCAGAAGCAUCAAGACCUACACGGGCCCCUUCGUUUAUUAUGUCAAGUCGUCAUUGCUGGAAGAGGACAUCCGAGCCAUCCUGCAUUACAUGGGCUACGUGCCCGAGUUAGGGACUGCGUACAAACUCAAAGAGCUUGUGGAGACCCUCCAGGUGAAGAUGGUCUCCUUUGAGCUCUUUCUGGCCAAGGUGGAGUGUGAGCAGAUGCUGGAAAUCCACUCACAAGUCAAGGACAAGGGCUACUCCGAGCUGGACGUGGUGAGCGAGCGCAAGAGCAGCGCGGAGGACGUGCGGGGCUGCUCGGAGGCCCUGCGGCGCCGGGCUGAGGGCCGGGAGCACCUGACGGCCUCCAUGGCCCGCGUGGCGCUGCAGAAGUCAGCCAGCGAGCGGGCGGCCAAGGACUACUACAAGCCACGGGUGACCAAGCCCUCGAGGUCGGUGGACGCCUAUGACAGCUACUGGGAGAGCCGGAAGCCGCCCCUGAAGGCCUCGCUGAGCCUGCGGAAGGAGCCGGUGGCCACAGAUGUGGGCGAUGGCCUCAAGGACGAGAUCGUCCGCCCGUCCCCCUCGCUCCUGGCCGUGUCCAGCUCCGCCCACGGAAGCCCGGAUGACCUGCCGCCCCCCUCGCCGAACAACGGUCUGGGCCCGCUGCGUGGCACGUACUUCUCCGCUCAGGAUGACGUGGAUCUGUACACGGACUCGGAGCCGAGGGCCGCGUCCCGGAGGCAGGACGCCCUGCGGCCGGACGUGUGGCUGCUCAGAAAUGAUGCCCACGCCCCCUACCACAAGCGCUCGACCCCUGCCAAAGAGUCCGCCCUGUCCAAGUGCCAAAACUGCGGUCUGUCCUGCAGCUCCUCCCUCUGCCAGCGCUGCGACGGCCUGCUUGCCGGUCCCCCGGCCCCCAGGCCCGGCGCCUUCCCCAGCAAGGCCUCUGCCCACGACAGCCUGGCCCACGGGUCGUCUCUGCGGGACAAGUACGCGGGCCAGACUCAGGGCCUCGACCGGCUGCCGCACCUCCACCCGAAACCCAAGCCCUCGGCCGCAGCCACCUCCCGCUGUGGCUUCUGUAACCGCCCGGGCGCGGCCAACACCUGCACCCAGUGUUCAAAAGUCUCCUGCGACACCUGCCUCGGCGCCUACCAUUAUGACCCCUGCUGCAAAAAGAGUGAGCUGCACAAGUUCAUGCCCAACAACCAGCUGAACUACAAGUCCACCCAGCUCUCCCAUCUCGUGUACAGAUAGACUCGACCUUGUACCCCCCCUGCUCCAAGGGCUACACCACCGACUUUCUGGGUUCCCCCAGGGAAGAAGUGUUCACGCAUUGAUCUCGGAAGCAGAGGCCUGCAUUUGACCGUGUAGGUGUCAGGGGAUCGUGGGGUUGCCCGCACCACGUGCGCGUUCACCUGGCGACCCAGAUAUUUCCUUUGAUGGCUGCUUUGUCACCUGACAAGGGAGAGGGUGGCACUUCCGUUCAGAUUCAUUUUUGCUAAUCUCUCCACUCCCUAUUCCAUUGUUUGUUUUUGAAGAAGAUUUCUGUCUCUGAGACUCUUGCCACCCCCACCCCUCCCACUGCAAAGCCAACUUGGACUGGGAAGGGCCCUCCAGGUCCCCUCCAAACGCCCACCUGGAGCGCCGAGCUAGAGGCCUGUUGGCUUGUGAAAUGAGCCCUCCUGCCACACCGGGCCUCUUCCAGUGGCUCAUCCCUUGGCCACCCCCUUCCCGGACACAAGGAUCCCCUCCUGGACUCCCCGCCCCUGACUUCCACCCGUUUGGGUUUCAAAGGUGGACUGAGUCCGGUAUUCACCGAACGGCAUCCUGUUGCCACCACAGCUCAGUUCAGCCUGUGGCGUUUGUGCACUUUGCUCCGACGCACUGAAGCGUGGACCUUCCACGGCAGGAUGGACUUCUCCCCCUUUCUGUUGUUUGCACAUGCUCCUCUUACUGUACUGUAAAUAGAUAUUUUUGAGAUUUAUUUUUAAAUAAAUAUUCAACUUGC